CGCAAGAAAUAACAUCAUUCCUUUUAGUUCUCCAGUUUUUCUCAGCACCAGGAAACAAGGAAGGUGGGGGAGAGAAGGAGAAUCCCAAACUCCAAAUCUAUUUAUUACAAAGAUAUUAUUGUGAGGAAUUUUGAGGGGAAGGAGGGGUGGGGGGGUGGAAAAAAGGAGAGAGAAUAUUAAGACCAGAGGUUGACAAGUUUUCUGUCACUGUUGUUGGAAGGUCGUUCGAUGUUGUGGAGAUUUUCUUAUCUGGGAUCUCCCUCUCCUCCCGAGUUCCAACCUUUUCUUCUCUGUCCGAGUGCGUGCGCUUUGUGCCUUCCAAUCUGAUGGAGAUCUGUAGCCUUUUUCUUCCUCCAAUGGUCUUCCGUCACGGCUUCUAAAUAUUCUUUGCUGCCCUGUACCUCCUCGACUCUCUCUCUUUCUUUUCCGGAAUCACGACGCCUUUGUAAUUACGGAGGCAUGAAAUAUAUGAAACUUCUGAGCUUACAAUGUAAACAGCAAUAUAUUGUGUUAAUUCUCUAGCAGCUGAGCCUAUUGGCAGAUUGUUAUGCUGGACACUUUCUAUUGCUAGUCUUCUUUAACUGGAAUGGGAACAAAAGUGCAAUGUAAAAGCUACCUCCCAGGAUAUCAUCCAGCAAGGAAUCUAAUCAAGGACAGAAACUUUAGUUGGAAUCCUUUUUGCGAGGAUAAAGCCUUGAACGAUCAACUAUGCAAUAAUUUCAAGUCAAGGGGAGUCAGUAGCUGGUCAGACUAUGACAAAGAAACGUUGAAGCAAACUAUGAUUGAACAUGAAGCUAUAUUCCAGAAACAGGUUUAUGAACUUCAUCGACUUUAUAGAAUACAAAAGGAGUUAAUGCAUAAACUUAGGAAUAAACAACCGGACAGAUCUUCUGGACCAGCGGAGACAUCUAAGUUGAGUAUGUUUCUGUCUCAAAUGCCUCCUGAAUUUGGUGAAAAGAUGUGGCAUCUACCCCAUCCUUCUCUAGCAAAUACCAGUCACACUACAGCAAAUGUCAGAGACAAUGAUGAUGACAGAGUCUCAAACUUUCUGAAGGAAGGUGCAACACAGUGCAGUUCAACUAAAAGUGGAGGAAAUUUGAAGGAUGAUGGACCGCAUACUAAGUUUAAGACAAUUCCUAAAAGAAUGUUUGACCUUGAUCUUCCUGCUGAUGCUUACAUUGAAAAUGAAGAUAUAGAAAGAACAGAAGGGGAAAAUGUCUCUGAGCCAUGCAUCAUGACUGCUGAAACUCUUAAGAGGAUUAGUGGAAUUAAGGCUGAUAACAAUGUCAAGUUGACUCUUGGCAAUGUUGAAAUCCAUGUCUCCGGUAAAGAUAUUUCAAAAUCAGAUUUGCAUCCUAGAAAUGGUCUAUCCAUUCACAGGUUGGCUGAUCUGAAUGAGCCUUUUAAAGAUUCAUUUGAGGAAGGUGCUAUAAGUUUAGGUUCUUAUAAAUCCAGUGGCUUGAAUUCGGACAUUGAAGAACUUCAACAGCCAUGGAACCUGACAAGAUCAAAAAGUAAUUCUCCACAAAGGAACCUUUUCAUGGAUAAACACAUAAAUGAAGUUAGCUUGAACUACCUCGACACAAACAAAGUUGAAAGGGGACGUCAAUGGCUGUUAUCACAUGGUGAUUCUGGUCAAAGCAAAAUUGUUGUCAAUUCCAUCGAUUCUGGCCUCUUUAGUGAGAAGUAUCCAAUGUCAUCCGAGUCAAUAAAGCUGAAACUUGAUAAAGCUCGAGAAACUCAGUUGCCUGAUCAGAAUCAAGCAGAGAUGUGGUUUGGAGAUAAAACUACCCACUCCACUGAAAUCUUUGGACGUCAAGAUUAUGUUACCUCGAACUAUCCAGGAUGCACAUCUUCUCAAGUCAGCUCUGCAUUGUCAGUUGUAUCCCCUUUUCCCUGUGCAACUUCUGCAUCUGCAUUGACUCCUUGGAGGAUGCCAUCCAACAGUGUAAACCAGAUUCCGAUUGCAGUUCAAGCAUUUCCAUGCUUCAGUAGAUCAUCAACGUUGAAUGGACAGGGCAAGAACUACAAUGCAGCAAAUCAAAGCAACAGGCCUGUUUGUGACAAAAUAGAUUUCAAUGGUGAUCUGCAGCCACAUAAAAGACUUGAUUAUAAAUCCUCCUCCCCUGUGAAUGGUCGUCAUCAUGGUAUCCAAAUGUGUUCUACUUCAACAGGAAUACACCGUUUACCAUGUAAUCUAGAGAAGCCAAACCUUGAUGCUCGUUGCAAUACUUCACCAUACAAGAACUCCAAAAUUCAUGAACCACUUAAGUGCUCAAGGGACUUGCAGUUUAUAGAUAUAAACUCUGGAAAGGAUUUGAAUCUGAACCAGGGAAUCCUUGGUGGUAUUCAAUAUGGCUUCACGAACAGACAAAGUUUUGCCAGAAAGCAUGAUGAAUCAUCAAACGAUGUAAUUUGGCUUAGAGAAAAGCCUUCUAGCAAAGGUUCUGCUGAAUGUGACAUGUUUGUCAAGGAUUAUACCUAUCCUUCUAAAUUUCUAUCAGAAAAAGCCAAGGAUAAAGGUUCUUCUGUUUGUGCCUUGAGGCAUUCUUUGUCAUCAUUUGACAUCAACGAAAGCAUAACUUAUAGAGCCAUAACAACUGACAUUUUGAAUGUCGAAGGAAAUUUUAGUCCACCAGAUAACUCCCAUAGGAUUUUUGACUGCUCAAAUUCUGUUUCAUGUGAUGGACAAUUGUUUGUCAAUGAUCUGAAGAGGCAUGGGAAAGGAAAGGCAAUUAGAAACCCAGGCUUAAGAAAUGACAUCAAUCUGAACUCUGAUCUCAUGCCUGCUGAUGGUGUUAGGUUGUUUGGGAUGUCAGCGGAAGAUGAGAGACAGACUCCAUCAUCACUUUCUCUGGCAAGGGUUGCUGACAAUCUAACUAGUAAAAUUGAUUUGGAAGCACCAACUGAUGAAAUGCAAGAAGCAAAUAAUUUUUCAUGGGUUGAGAUCGUAGAUAUGAAUUGCCCAGUGACACAAGUUGCAAUGAAACAAGAGAAGACAUCCUUUGGGGAUGCUUGUGCAAGACUGGCAGCAGAUACUAUUGUUUCCAUCUCAGUGGAUGUUCGUGAUCAUAUGCAGCCCCUUUGCUCCUUUGCUCCUUCAUCAUUUGAAUCCUUGUAUCUGUUGGCAGAGGCGGUUAAGUCCAAUGCAGAAAUUGAGGCUUCAGAUGAUGAUGGUGGAUUAGAUACUUUUGAGUCAUUGACAUUGAAGCUGGAAGAACUCAAGCCAGAUGAGUACUCUUGCAAACCAUGUCAACAGGAGAAGCUAAAGGAUGAUGAGAAGUCCAUGGCCUCGCUGCUUCUUCCCAGGCCUCGUAGGGGCCAGGCAAGAAAAAGAAGGCAGAGGAGAGAUUUCCAGAGAGAUAUCCUACCAGCACUUGUGUCAUUGUCGAGGCAUGAAGUGACUGAGGAUCUUCAGGCUCUCGGUGGAAUGAUAAGAGCAGGUAAGUCCCGACAAACCAGUUCUGCUAGGAGGAGCACAAGCCAAAACAUGUCAAGUUCUCGAUCUAGGGGGAGGGGACGGCCAAGGAGUUUGGCCAUCACCAUUGCGGAGGUUUGUGAUGACAGUCCCCCUCGGUUACAGCCUACUCAUACCGAUUUGGAAAAUGAUGGGAAGAAUAUUAUGGCAUGGGGAAGGACGACAAGGAGGUGUCAUAGACAACGAAUACCAUUGGGUCAUGCAUUCGCUCCACAGGAGUAGUUCUUUAAGAAGUAUACUUGUCAGGGUUGACGAAGUGAUAGUUUUCUCAGUUAAUCGCUAGAGUUAGACAUCAGAUGCAUUGUACAUGUUGGCUGUCGAUUGAGCAAAGUACGAUGUGCUUUUACUCGUUUGUAGAUUUCAUGCAAUAAUUGAUGAACUAUUUGUUCGAAAAUAGAACUGUAAGAACCAUCGGAUUUAACGAACUCUUCGACUUCUCAAGUGUGUGAUUGAUAUUUAUCUUUAUAAAUGAAACAUAUUAUAUA